CGGGCGGCGGCGGCGGCGGGGGGGCCGCUCCGCAGUUCGCGGUCUGCCGGCGCCCCGGCACACACCGAGCGCUGGAAGCUCCGCUGCGCCGUCUGCCAACCCGGGAUCUACCUCCGUGCUUUUUUAUCCCCGGCUUCUUUUUUCUCUCCCCAUCGCCCGUUUUUCUCAGUCUCGGAAAAUUCUUGGGGUGCUGGGGGAAUUUGGGAUUUUCUUUCUAAAAGGGGGUGUCUGGGCAUCUCCCCCCCCCCGCACCCGCUGCCUUGCUCCACUUGCCCUUGCGCCUUUUUUCUUCUUUUCCCCUGCCAGUCUCUCCACCAAACCCGGGCUGAUGUGCUGUGCAAGAGGCUGGAAAUGGAAGUGUUGAUGCUCUGGCUUUUCCCCUGGAUAUUUCAGUGCGUGUCGGUGCGGGCGGACUCCAUCAUCCACAUUGGUGCCAUUUUCGAAGGCAAUGCUGCCAAGGACGACGAGGUGUUCAAGCAGGCAGUGUCGGAUCUGAACCUCAAUGACGACAUCCUCCAGAGCGAGAAAAUCACUUACUCCAUCAAGCUCAUAGAGGCCAACAACCCCUUCCAUGCGGUGCAGGAAGCCUGUGAUCUGAUGACUCUGGGGAUCUUAGCCUUAGUGACAUCCACUGGUUGUGCCUCGGCCAAUGCCCUGCAGUCCCUGACAGAUGCCAUGCACAUUCCACACCUUUUUGUACAGCGCAACACAGGAGGCUCCCCACGCACAGCCUGCCACCUGAACCCCAGCCUGGAGGAGGAGGAGUACACUCUGGCUGCCCGACCGCCGGUCCGCCUCAAUGACGUUAUGCUGAAACUGGUCACUGAGCUGCGGUGGCAGAAAUUCAUAGUAUUUUAUGACAGUGAUUAUGAUAUACGUGGACUGCAGGGAUUUCUUGAUCAGGCCUCAAGACUGGGACUUGAUGUGUCAUUACAAAAAGUGGACAGGAACAUCAGCAGAGUCUUUGCCAACCUUUUCACUACCAUGAAAACAGAAGAGCUGAACCGCUAUCGGGACACAUUGCGAAGGGCUAUCUUACUCCUAAGCCCACGGGGAGCCCAGACUUUUAUUAAUGAGGCUGUGGAAACCAACCUUGCAUCAAAGGAUAGUCACUGGGUCUAUGUAAAUGAGGAAAUCACUGAUAAUGAAAUAUUAGAGUUGGUGCAUAGUGCUCUGGGGAGGAUGACAGUUAUCCGGCAAAUUUUCCCUCUCUCAAGGGACAACAAUCAGAGAUGCAUGAGGAACAAUCACCGAAUAUCAUCGCUGCUGUGUGACCCACAAGAAGGCUAUCUUCAAAUGCUGCAGGUUUCCAACCUGUACCUGUAUGACAGUGUGCUCAUGCUGGCCAAUGCUUUCCACAGAAAACUGGAGGACAGGAAAUGGCACAGCAUGGCAAGUUUGAACUGCAUGAGGAAAUCCACCAAACCUUGGAAUGGAGGACGAUCCAUGCUAGAGACUAUUAAGAAGGGCCAUAUAACUGGGCUUACUGGUGUUAUGGAGUUCAGAGAAGAUGGCGCCAACCCCUAUGUUCAAUUUGAAAUACUGGGCACUAGCUACAGCGAAACAUUUGGCAAAGAUGUGCGGAGGAUUUUCUUGAAAUAUCAGCGGCUUCAGAAACAGUCAUACUUGUUUCCUGCAGCACUUCUGAGGCAGAUUGCAGAAGUCACUUUGGCAACGUGGGACUCUGAGAAAGGACUGAAUGGUAGCCUACAAGAACGACGUCUGGGCAAUGAUUUACAAGGAUUGACACUCAAAGUGGUUACUGUCUUGGAAGAACCUUUUGUGAUGGUGGCAGAGAACAUUCUUGGGCAACCAAAACGAUAUAAAGGAUUUUCCAUUGAUGUCCUGGAUGCACUUGCCAAGAAUCUGGGCUUCAAGUAUGAGAUAUAUCAGGCUCCUGAUGGCAAAUAUGGACAGCAGCUCCAAAACAGCUCCUGGAAUGGCAUGAUUGGAGAACUAAUUAACAAGAGAGCAGACCUAGCCAUCUCAGCCAUCACUAUAACACCAGAACGAGAGAGUGUUGUGGACUUCAGCAAGCGGUACAUGGACUAUUCCGUGGGGAUCUUAAUCAAAAAGCCUGAAGAGAAAAUCAACAUCUUCUCUCUCUUUGCUCCUUUCGACUUUGCGGUGUGGGCUUGCAUUGCUGCAGCCAUCCCUAUAGUUGGUGUCUUGAUAUUUGUCUUGAACCGGAUCCAGGCAGUCAGGGCGCAGAAUGCUUCCCAGCCGAGCCCUUCUGCUUCCUCUACCCUCCACAGUGCCAUCUGGGUUGUUUACGGCGCCUUUGUUCAGCAAGGGGGAGAAUCUCCUGUAAAUUCUGUAGCUAUGCGCAUUGUAAUGGGAAGCUGGUGGCUCUUCACCCUUAUCGUGUGCUCUUCCUACACAGCAAACUUAGCAGCUUUUCUCACAGUAUCAAGGAUGGAUAAUCCCAUAAGAACAUUUCAGGAUCUGUCCAAACAAAUGGAUAUAUCUUAUGGCACAGUCAGGGAUUCAGCAGUGUAUGAAUACUUUAAAGCAAAAGGGACCAACCCUUUGGAGCAGGAUAACACAUUUGCUGAACUGUGGAGGACUAUCAGUAAGAAUAAUGGAGCAGAUAAUUGUGUAUCGAACCCUUCUGAAGGCAUCAGAAAGGCAAAGAAAGGAAACUAUGCUUUCCUGUGGGACGUGACAGUGGUAGAAUAUGCUGCGCUGACGGAUGAUGAAUGCUCUGUGACAGUCAUUGGAAACAGCAUCAGCAGCAAAGGAUAUGGGAUAGCACUCCAGCAUGGAAGCCCCUACAGAGAUCUUUUCUCCCAGAGGAUCCUAGAGUUGCAAGAAAGCGGAGAUUUGGAUGUUCUUAAACAGAAAUGGUGGCCACGGAUGGGACGUUGUGACCUGAAUAGUCAUGCCAAUGCACAGACAGAUGGGAAGGCACUCAAGCUUCACAGUUUUGCAGGAGUUUUCUGCAUUUUAGCAAUAGGCCUCCUUCUUGCAUGCUUGGUGGCAGCAUUGGAAUUGUGGUGGAACAGCAACCGUUGUCAUCAAGAAACACCGAAAGAGGACAAAGAAAUGAACCUGGAGCAGGUCCAUAGACGCAUGAACAGUUUAAUUGAUGAAGACAUAGCCCACAAGCAAAUCUCUCCAGCAUCCAUUGAAAUUUCAGCCUUGGAGAUUGGUGGCAUGCAGCCAGCUCAGACCCUGGAGCCAGUACGUGAAUACCAGAACACACAACUUUCUGUCACUACCUUUUUACCAGAACAGACAACUCAUGGUGCCAGCAGGACACUCACAGCUGCCUCAGGCAGCAACCUGCCGCUGCCCCUGAGCAGCUCAGCCACCAUGCCCUCCAUACAGUGUAAACACAGGUCACCAAAUGGAGGACUAUUUCGUCAGAGUCCUGUGAAAACCCCGAUCCCAAUGUCAUUUCAGUCUGUGCCAGGGGGAGUCAUUCCAGAAGCAAUGGAGCCCUCGCAUGGAACAUCCAUAUGACGAAAACUAACAAUAAAACAACCAGCAGAGCUUUUUAAUACAAAAUUUAAAAGAAAUGAAAAAAAAAACAAAAACAAAAACAAAACAAACUCUCACAUUUUUCUUGUAUAUACCUGUAAAUAAUGAAAGAAUGAAGUGGGGUAAAAGUGUAUUUUGAAUAUUCCCAAUUUUCGAAGUAAGUAAAAAACAAAAAAAAAAAACAAAAACAAAAAUGUAUGAAUGACUUUGUAAAUUUUGUUCUAUAUGAAUAAAAAGGCAAACUACUUGUGAUCGUU